ACUUUUUGGAUAUAAAGUUUAAAAAAAGAAAAAAAAAGAAUUUUGAGUUCUGGGAUAUAUGUAAAUGUUCAACCUUUUUCUAUAAAUCAGUAUUUUUGGUGUAUGAUUUUAUUCGCUUGGAUAAAUAAUUAUAUCAUUGGAAUUUGGAAGGCGAAUAACUCUAUGCAGAAAAGGAAAAGAUUGUAUGGACAAAGAUAAUAAAUUUUAGAAUAUAUGCUGUUCUUUGUGUUAUUCUGUUUGUAUAUUGAUUUAGAACAACAUGUGUCCUUUUUCUCAAUCCUUGUAUUGCUUUGAAUUUUGAGUUUGUUAAUGAAUUCACUUGUUUCUUCCAACCUCAUUCAUUUUCCUAGUCUUAUAUCUCUUGGAGUUGGUAUUCUUUGACCCUUGUUCAAAGUUCCAACAUAUCUCACGAAGGAAAGUGAGUUUUAAUUCUAUUCAAUACUGGGGAAUUGCAGAGUCUAUAUUGUUGAAUUCUGGGCUGUUUCAGAUUCAACAUUAAAUUGGUAUUGCUUUCCCAUUGCUCCAUAGAUGUUUAUAAGCUUGAAUAUUAAGUCAAACCUCUGUCCUCUUCGAUUCAAUUGAACGGAACUUAUUUUCUUGCAACACCAUUGUUUUGACUCCGUAAUGAGUGCAUUUGCCAUUGAGUUCUUGAUGGAUUUCUUGCACAUUUUCUCUUUGUAAAUAAACUCUUGUUUAAAAUUCAAUGCCAAUGAGCAAGUACUCUCAUGUUUGCUCUGAACAUUUUUUUGGUCUUUUGUUGAUAGGAAUUGUCGACCUCCAUUGGACCGGAAUUUUAAUGUGAACCACUUUUCAAGAAGUGCACCUGUGUUCGUUUUAAACCAUUGUUUUAUUCUUUUUCUGCACCGGAUAACAUUCAAUUCUAUUUGAAGUUCAUUGUUUUUCCUCUUAAGCCUUUAAACAGUUCAACCUCAUAAGAAUCAUUUGCAUUUAAACACUCUGAAUGGCUUCUGAGUGUUAAAUUCAUUGCACCAUUCUUCAAACAUUUGAAGUGUUUUAUAGUCUUAGAACUUAGUGUGUUUGCACCAAUUACUGCAACUCAACCUAUUUCAGCUGUAUUCUAAAUUUGCUGGUCAUUGAAUGAUUGCUAAAUUUCUCUCAAGUAGAAGUGUCAAUGGAAACUCCAAUUGUCCUUUUAUGCCUUGCUGAAGGCAAGAGCAUCAAUCUUUAAUUUGUUUUAGGGAUUGCUUCCAACAUUAAGCACUUCAAAAUGGUGUUAUCAAAUGUCAACUUGUGAGGAAAAAUGCACUCCUCUUUGGCGCAACGGACCUCCUGAGAAGCCAGUAUUGUGCAAUGCAUGUGGAUCGCGGUGGAGGACUAAAGGGACACUCGCAAAUUAUACCCCACUUCAUGCUCGGGGUGAACCUGAUGGUUACGAGGAUCAUAGGGCUUCCAGAAUGAAGAGCAUAUCUAUAAAUAAGAACAAAGAAGUAAAAGUGCUGAAAAGAAAACCAAAUCAUGAUACAGCAGUUGUUGUCCCUGAUUACAACCUGGGUUUCCGUAAGUUUGUGGAAGAAGAUGCUAGUAAUAGAUCAAGUUCUGGAUCAGCCAUAUCUAAUUCUGAAAGCUGUGCCCAAUUUGGCAGUGCAGAUGCUAGUGACUUGACAGGGCCUGCUCAAUCUAACGUGUGGGACUCAAUGGUACCUUCUAAGAAACGAACCUGUGUAAAUCGUCCAAAGCCAUCUUCAGUCGAGAAACUUACAAAAGAUUUAUAUACUAUUUUACAUGAACAACAGUCUUCAUAUUUCUCUGGAUCUUCUGAGGAGGAUUUGCUUCUUGAGAGUGAAAUGCCCAUGGUUUCUGUUGAGAUUGGACAUGGAAGCGUUCUAAUUAGACAUCCAAGCUCAAUAGCUCGAGAAGAGGAAUCGGAAGCUAGCUCCCUCACAGUUGAAAACAAACAAUAUUCAAUGAAUGAGGCUUAUUCACAUUCUUCAAGCUUUCCUGUGUAUAAUGAUAGGAAGAUGAAAUUUUCAGGAUGUGGAAUUGAAAGGGCUAAGAACCCUGCUGCACAAGGGAUGCAGCACGAGCAACUUAAGAGGGACAAGGCUCAACAUGAGAAGUCACUAAUGCUGGAAAGUCAUAAUUCACCACUAUGUAACAUAGAUUUGAAUGAUAUUCUCAACUUUGAUGAGUUUGUGAAAUAUUUAACAAAUGAGGAGCAGCAGCAGUUACUGCAGUAUCUACCUCCACUUGACAUUGCCCAACUCCCUGAUAGCCUCAAAAGCAUGUUUGAAAGCCCUCAAUUCAAGGAGAACUUGUGUUACUUUCAGCAACUGCUUGAGGAAGGGGUCUUUAAUAUCUCUGCCCCAGGGGUGAAAACUGAAGACUGCAUGACUUUGAAAAGACUUGCAUUAUUCAACUUGACAAAAUCCCACUGGGUGGAACGCUAUCACGUGCUUAAGGCAUGUAAAAGUAGUAUUGGAGAGUCCGUGACUGCUAGCGGACCAAAUGCCAUUACAUCGAAUAAUUUGGUAAUUAUGAAGAGAUCAUGUGACAGCCAUAGUCAAAAUUUUCCAGAAGCGAGGACUUUAAAGAGUCCCAAACGGGUGAUCAUGAAGUCAACUUAUGAAAGCAAAGAUCUCAUAGACAAUGAUGGUUCUUGCUUUAGCCCGAGAAGCCUUUUUGCCUUGCCUCCUGAUGGUAGCUCCCUCCUGCUGGAUUCUCUUCAUUUUGUAGAUGAAAGUUUUGAACAAGAUUUGUUGCUGGAUGUGCCGCCCAAUGGCUCAUUCCCACAGGCAGAAUUGCUUCAUCCUACUUUAAGUUUUGGGAAACAGGCAAGCACUAGUAGUAGCUCAGCACACUCACAUCUUGUCCAUCCCUAGCAAUGGUUGUUAAUUACUAGAACUAUAAAGGUCUGCUCCUUCUGCAAGAUCCCAUGAGUGGGAUCGACAUAUUUUACAUGCCAAACACCAAAGUCUGUGAAUGAGGUUUGAUGGUUGCUCUUUUCUCCCCUUGACCUUUACAAACUUGGAAUGCUAAGGGAUGAAUUUGGAGUGGGUUUUUUUUUUGUAUAGGUUGACAACAGAUUGUAAUAUAUAGCUUAAAAACUGCAGAAGAGGUGGUAAUUUGCAGAGUUUUGCAUGCCAAUGUAGUUUUUGCAUAGAAACAUAAUUUUAUUUACUUUUUUUUGUCAA